GAGCACUCGACUAGCUGAGAAAUGAGCGGAAAACUUGUUCCACUGCUAGCUUUAACCUGGCUAGGAGCCUUGGCAUCAGGGGACACCCAAUGUGGCCGUCUGGACGAGCGUUUAAUGUACACCACGGACGAGAAAACAGAACCUUCGGAGAAUCCCUGGGUGGGCUUGCUGCUGGAGGAACUGCCUGACCGAUACCGGAACACUCUCUGUUCGGUGGUCAUCAUAAACGAGCUGCACGUUCUGACCACUGCCACGUGCGUGAAGCGCUUCAAGAAUCGCGGUGCCGACCUGAAUGCCGUGGCCAUGCUGGGAGUCUGGGACGAGAAUACCGAAACAGACGAAGAUCUGCAGUGCAAUGAGAAGGGCUACUGUGUCCCGGGUCCGGCCCUGUUAAACGUGACUGAGAUUAAGGUUCAUCCCGACUCCGACAAGGAUACGGGCGACAAUGAUCUGGCCAUAUUGCGGCUGCACAAGAGAAUUGAGUGGACGCACUGGAUCCAGCCGAUCUGCCUUCAGGGCACCAAUGAGCCAGAGUCACUGAUCCACCGGAAUCUGCACUACUCCGGCUUCAACCACGCCGACAGUCGCAAGGGCAAGGGCCUGUCCAUGACUGUGUCCCGUCAGAAGUGCAAGCAGCUGACCUCCGCAUCCAUUCUGCCGCCUGAGAAUCAGGUGUGCGCCUAUCCUGUAAAGAGGACCAAGUUCUACCCAGGGUCGCCACUCAUGGACGUGAAUGUGGAGCGGGAUGUGCCGCACAACUUCUACUUGGUGGCCCUGCUGGUGAAGAGUGUGGACGCCGGACAGGCCACCACCCAGAUCUACCAGGAUGUGAGACCAUCACGCUCUUGGAUUAUGGCGAAUUCCCAAUUUAAAUAAGCUGGCACGAAGAUGAAUCAAUUAAAUUUUUAAAUAAAAUAUGCAUUCGGGAAAUGUUUGUGGAAGUUGCGUCUCGGCGAUGCAUCACACUGGAAACUAUCUAGUUUUCCGCAUCUGAAACGGGUUUAUUAUACGAUGCGGCAUUGUAAUCGUAUAACAUUAAUUAGUAAUAGUAGUAGAAGUGGCUAUGCGCGGAGAUACUGGGUAUUUCUAAUAACAAAUUCUCAAACACUGUAAAAAUCUAAAUUUCAAUUAAAAAUUGUCUAGAAAUUCUUCAAA